AUGAUUGGGAGGGGAUUGGAACACCUGAAUCACAUGAUUGGGAGGGGAUUGGAACACCUGAAUCACAUGAUAUGGAGGGGAUUGGAACACUUGAAUCACAUGAUUGGGAGGGGAUUGGAACACCUGAAUCACAUGAUAUGGAGGGGAUUGGAACACCUGAAGCACAUGAUAUGGAGGGGAUUGGAACACCUGAAUCACAAGAUAUGGAGGGGAUUGGAACACCUGAAUCACAUGAUAUGGAGGGGAUUGGAACACCUGAAUCACAUGAUAUGGAGGGGAUUGGAACACCUGAAUCACAUGAUAUGGAGGGGAUUGGAACACCUGAAUCACAUGAUAUGGAGGGGAUUGGAACACCUGAAUCACAUGAUAUGGAGGGGAUUGGAACACCUGAAUCACAUGAUAUGGAGGGGAUUGGAACACCUGAAUCACAUGAUAUGGAGGGGAUUGGAACACCUGAAUCACAUGAUAUGGAGGGGAUUGGAACACCUGAAUCACAUGAUAUGGAGGGGAUUGGAACACCUGAAUCACAUGAUAUGGAGGGGAUUGGAACACUUGAAUCACAUGAUAUGGAGGGGA